UGGCACGGUGGGCAUAUCAUGGUGACCCCCCCGUCGUUCCAUGCGCCUUCCGUCGUAGUGCUCAGUUCUCGGGACAUGUUUGGGCACAUUGUGCAGUUUCAGCAUGGCAUCCCUCAAGAUGUUGUGCCGCUAGCCAUCAUCACCAGCAGCACCACCGCCACCUUCCUUGGCUGGAUUGCGAUGCACGGGGAAGUACGCCUGGCGCGGUUGCUUUCUUGCAUCCCCCACUUGCGUCCUGUGGUUGUGCUGUUCGCAGUCGCCGCGACAAAUUUGACCUUACUCGACACGCUCAACUUGGACAUCGACGACGACGACAAUCUCGUGGACGUAGCCGCUAUCACGGGCAACCUCCCUGGUAUCGUUGCGUUGUUUAAAAUGGGCUACUACGCCGGGACGAAUCGCGCGCUCAUGUCUGCGGCAACCAGCGGCCAUCUGGACAUUGUCGUGUACCUGUGCGUCCAUCGAAAGCUGCCGUGCACGAAGGCCGUGGUGAAUGCUAGUGCGCGCAUGGGGCACUUGCCCAUCGUGCAGUGGUGCCACGAAUAUGGAGCCCAAUCGUGGACAUCGGACGGAUUCGUUGGCGCAGCGGGCGGGGGGCAUGUCGAUGUCGUGGCGUAUAUGCAUCACGCCAAGCCCCGGUGCGGGUCGACAUCUCUCGCCAUCGACGCGGCCGCCUCCAAUGGACACCUUCAUGUCGUGCAGUUCAUUCACAGUCAGCGGCCGACCCAUGGAUGUUCGAUCAACGCUCUGCACGGAGCGAUUGCCCAUGGACACAACCAUGUGGUUGCGUACUUGGAACUGCACCGAGGCGACUUGAUUCAAGCAGUCUGUUGUGCAUGUGGAAUCUACACUGCAUUGAACCACCCGUGCAAAGCCAUCGCGUGAGCGAGAGUGUAUCCUCUAUGCACGUACUCGAAAGUAGUACAUUCUUCUCGAGUCGUCCAAAUCGAACUAACGUUACUUACCAUGAACACAUGUCGUAGUAUGACAUAUUUAUC